CACUUUUUUAAAACACUAAAGAGUUUCGGCCUUUGUUUCUUUCUUUCUUUUCUCUUCCCCCCACCCCUCGUUACUCUUUGUCCUUGCUCCAAUUGCCAACCAAAAAUAAAGGCGGUUCUUUUCUCGACAUACAAUCGAUCGACGCUAUUUAUUCUUUAUAUUUUUUUUUCUUUCGAAACACACGCAAUGCCUCCCAACAGCGUCCGAUGCCAACCUGCGUCAAACGACAGCGGCCAUGCGAUCUCGGCUGAUGAUUCGCUUGAUCAGCUUAUCGAAGCAACACCCUAUAUCGACUAUGAGGUGUCAAGCGGUGAGCUAUUUGCAGGGGCAUUUAAAAUUGUAUCCACAGUGUUCCCUUCGUGGGACGAACACGAUAUAAAGUUUGUUCAGUGUAAAGACGGUAUAACAAAUCAGUUGGUUAGAGUGACACAUCGACCCACCGAUUUCUCGGUCUUGGUACGAGCAUUUGGUCGUAAAUCGGAAAUCCUUAUCGAUCGCAAACAAGAGAUUAUCAAUCUGGUGACCUUGUCCGCUCGAGGGCUAUGCCCACCCUUGUAUGCUCGAUUCAGAAACGGGUUAAUGUAUGGAUUCAUUAAUGGUCGUGUGUCCACUGUAGAGGAACUGGGUCAACCAAAGACGGCUGCGUGGAUUGCGAAUAAGGCCGCAAAGUGGCACAAGGUCUUGUUGCCACAGGAUCAAACGACGUCGGGAAAGCCGGCAGCACCAAAACAAACAUUGUGGAGUACCAUGCGACGUUGGUUAGCUGAUGUGCCAACGCAAUACGAUGAUCCCGAACAGCAAAAGAAAUUCAAUGCUCGAUUUGACGUUCAAAAGCUCUCUGAAGAGUUUGAGAAUCUUGCAAAGGUACUUGAAACACUCGAUUCACCAGUCGUAUUUUCCCAUAAUGACUUGUUAUAUGGCAACGUUAUCUAUGAUGAUGAGAAAGAGGAAGCAUCGUUUAUCGACUACGAGUAUGGCGGAUAUGCAUUUAGAGGAUUCGAUAUCGGCAACCAUUUCAACGAGUUUGCUGGGUUCGAGUGUGACUAUUCGCGGUAUCCAGACAAGCCGUUCCAAAUGCAAUGGUUUGAGUGGUACCUGACUGAAUUCAAUGGAGUGGCGCCAACACACGAAGAGUUGGAGCAUCUGUAUAAAGAAGUGGAAGGAUUUUCAUUGGCAUCUCACUAUUAUUGGGGUCUCUGGGCACUCAUUCAGGCAAAGAUCUCGACGAUCGAAUUUGAUUACAUGAGCUAUGCCGCGUUGCGCUUUGAUGAAUACGAGCGCCGCAAACGUACUGUAUUCCCCUCCUCAUUGUAAUAUCAUUCUUAUACACACCCCAUUUCUCUUAUUAUAUAUACACACACACACACAUAUAUAUAAUUGCAGUAUCUAUCUUAUAUAUACAUUGUUCUCUGCUUACUUGAGACAUCUUUGAUCCUUUUUCCUUCUUUAUAUUAUCCCAUCCAUCCAUCAAUUAUCAUUACCACCACGACACCUGUUAAAAACCCAUGCAAAGAACCUGAGUGAAAAGAGCACAAGAACAGUGUAU